GCGAUUGGCUCUCGGUGAUAGGGUGGGAGGUACGAAGGCGACAUCGAAAGGGUAGGGGUUGUUGAAUGAGUACCGGAACGCUCGACGUCGCGAUGCAUUCCGUCGCAGUCACCCCGAGACGAUAUCAUCGGAACUGGGAUGAUUAAGUUAUCUCACAGAACGGAAACGAAACGAGUUAUAAAUCGACAAAUUAACGAGUGAAAAGAAUUUGUUCUUGAGAAUUAUAUUAAAGACGACGAUCGAACGAACGACCGGUGUCCUGUUUCGAAAGAGAGACAUAACCGAGGAAAGUUUUAGCGCUGAUUUUUCUGAAACAACGAUUUUCUCAAACGAGAAACGAGAUAAUGAGAGCAACAGAGGAUGUCCUUCUUAUCUUGGGACUGAAUGUAUUUGGGAUGAUAACGACUUAUGCCGCACCCUUAUCGAAUCCGAAAACCGACUGGGAAAAAAGAGAAAAUUUCACACCUGUUAUCACGUCGGACUGCUCACCAAAUGUACGAUGCUUGGAAGUGUUACCUCUCGAGCCAGUUGCCGCUGAUACGAUCAUUUUACCCGAAGAUAUCCCACCGACGAGAAUUCAAACUAGACGACAGAUCACGAAUGUAGGUACUGACUCAGUAUUACAAUCAUGGAAAGACAAUGCUCCCAUUUUGGAGAGCGAAGCUCGACCGCUAUUACCGGUUAAACGAGUCCCGAGUAAAACGAUUAAAAAGGAUUCCUUUUUGUCGCACGGCUGGGGUGCGGGUGGUAUGCCUUUUUCUGUUCUUUACAUGACGCCGCAUGGAUCUAGACUCAAUCAUGCUGCAAGCACCGCAACGGGAACGAGUCAUCAACAAGAAGUUGGAAAAGCGAAUGAAAAUCCUACAGCGCCUUUAGCACAACCGAAUUAUCGAGUCGCCGUCAGAAACGGUCCGUCCAUGCAAUCAAGACGGCAAUACCCGAUAAUACCUCAGCUCUUUAUAUCGUACGGAUGGGGAACACUCGGAAAAUAGAUACGGACAUGAUUUAGUAGAUAAUUCUGAAGAACACGACUUUGAUCUCAUUACUUUUAAAAUCAUACUACGACCGCUUCAUAUUUAGAACACUUUGCUGAUUUUAUUCUAUCGUAAAUAUAUAUAAUCGUUAUAUAGCUGAAUAAUUUAAACUAGUUUGUAAAAUUUACGUUACAUCUAAUUCUUUGUAGAUAAAUACGUUGGUAUGAUUUAACAACGAUGUAAUACAUUUUUGAGAUCUCAUAUAUUGUAGAAUUCAAAUAAA